AUGAAUACCAAAUAGGAUAGAAAAGUAGAAAUUAAUUAGACCUUGCUAAUCAAGACUGAACUCAAAGAUUUUGACAGGACUGACUUUGAAAACUUAACUAAAAAAUCAGAAUUAAUGACUGAAUCAGACUAAAUCUCGAAUACUUCUCAAAUUUUUGGGGUUCAACUCAAAGAGAAUGUUGGAAUCAGAACAGGAAUGACCAUUUUUAUAGUGUCAUGCUUGGGUAGCUUAAUUACUUCCUUCAUUUUCCAAAUAUCAAACCUUCUUUUGAAAACCAAAUUUGAGAUGAAUGACGAUGAUGAAUUGAUAAGAGUCAGCAUGGUAAGACUACUGCUUGCUAUAAUGUCAAACUCAAUGCUAAACAAUACCUUAAUUCCAGACUAUGUUUAGAAUAAGAGUAUUGGAAAAGCAGUUAUAUAUAAAAAUUUCUCGCGAUAUCUUGGAAAUUUUCUGCAACCGGUGACUUUCAUCAGCUUGAUUUCAACUAGCUAUGUUUGGCAUUCAUUCAAUAUUUUAGCUGUAGGAAUGUGGCUGACUGCAGUAUAUCUCUACUUUAAUUUGAAAAAUCCAUCAGACUUAGUUUAGUAAUUUGAAAUUACUUAAUCAUUAUCUACAAGAUCUCAGUCUUUGACUUAAAACCCUAAAAAUGGAUAAGAAGUUAAAUAAGACAUUUUAAUGCCUGAAAAGAAAAGUGAUACAUUUUGUUCGAAAUUCCACUAAGGGUAUACUGAAUGCAAGUAAAAUCCUAUUUUGGUCUUCUGCCUAAUGUAAAAUUUUGUAGUGAGAAUGGGCAUCGUGCUGGGCUCUAAUGCUUAUAACUUGUGGAUCAUUUCGUCUAUUGAGGAUGAAUAGAAAAUUUUAGAGGUUAUAGCGUUGACAAAUUCACUCUCCACCAUCCUUAACUUUGUAAUACAAAUUCCACUUAUAAAGUUCCUUGAUUGCAUAAAACCAAGCGUGAUAUUUACGAUAUCUCAUUUAAUGAGAGGAGUUUCUCUUAUGCUGCCAAUACUCAUUGAUAUAAAUUCAAGUCUUUUUAUCACAUCAACUAUUAUAUUAAUUGGGCUUGCUAAUAGUCUCACAAAUGUUGCAAGAGAUUUAAUAUUUCAAAAGAACUUAAACAACGAAUCAAAAGGAGUUAUAGUAGGUUUUAUGGAUUUCUUUUAGUAUCUUGGAAUAUUGUGCUAUUUGGUUGUAUUCACCUUUUUAUCAAGUGUUAUUGGUCUCAAAGGAUGCUUUUUAUUCCUUGGAAUUCUGGAUAUGCUAUUGCUUUUAGUAAGACAAACCUCUACUACUAUAGCUGGAAAUACAGCCUGGACUGAUUAUAAGAUUUUAGUCACUAAAUUGACACCAGCUGAAGAAAUAAAUGAGUAUUCACAAAUUUACGCAAGAGGGACUGGCGCUAAAAAUCAUAACUCUUCGAUUAUCAUGAUAGACAAUACAGUGAUUUUGGAUCAUGCUGUAAUGAGAGGUCUUUAUCUUGCAGUAUUUGACAGAUAUACUCUAAAGAAAGUAUAUAGUGGCAUAUAUGAUACGAUCCUUCAAAUUUAGCCCUAAGAGGUUAAUCCAAAUUUAGAUAAAUUAUAUCAAAACUACACAUUUGAUGAAGCAACACUGACUUAUACAGUUGAAGAAAUUACAACAAAUACAUAUCUUAAAGAUGACAAUUUUUAGGUCUCACAUAACCUUGCAAGAAAGAUCAAAGAGUAUGAUAACAAAUAUUUUAUUGUAUUGGUGUCAUAGAAUGCGUGGGAGCUCAGAUUUUCAAAGGAACUAGGCGAGGCACUCAUGCAAUGCGGGGCUUUAAAUAUAAUGGAAUUUACUAAUCAUUUUUCAGCAGUAUUUGGUGAGAAAACUCAUGUAAGAGGACUUCAUGAUUCUGAUCCAUUGGUUAAUUCUAAUUUCUAUCAUCCUUAUGCCUUUAUCGGUAUACCAGGGCUCCCACCAGGAAUGGGUUUCGAAUCCUUAAGAUCAAAUUAAGGCUUUCACAUGAGCAUUGGUACAUUUGCAUAUGCAGAAUUAAGAGUCAGACUGAGAUUCAACAGGCUAAUUGGAUUAUAUUCAUUUGAUGGGCAUUAAUAUAUGGACGAUUACAAGUUUUAAGAUCCUUAUUUGAAUGUUAAUAUGGCUAAAGAUAGAUCUCUUCUAAGUACUUUCCCCUAUCUUGUAAUGGAAAAUAUGACAGUUUACUAUGAUUGGAAAACAUCAAUCUAUUUGGAUGGAAACAGAUAGGUAUUCUUUACUAAUGCCACAGGAAAUUUUACAAAGGCUGAUACAGUAUAUCUCUAACCAUAUGAAAAGCCCUUUAGAUAUGAUUAUCUAAAGAGAUUAAAUGUGGGGACAAAUUUGACAUGGAUUCAUAACAAAAUAUACUACAAAUUUGUCAAGUAAUACCUUUACAAUGAUGGCUUUAAAGAUUGUCCUCCACCCUACGAUAACUACACUAAUCCCAGUUGUUUUAAUUAUACAAUGGUAGAAACUAAUCCUCCUGAAUUGUUCAAGUGCUACACAGGGAUUUUUAGUUUUUACUGUCCAACCUUAUCUUAAACUCUUGAGGUAUCCUUUGAUGGCUAUUAUGUUAGAUGA